UUCCGUGAGUGUCUGUCUAUUAUAAAGAUGCGUUAUUAAUAUUUUUUAAAUUUGUUAUUUUACAAUAAAUUUUGUGAUAUUUGUGGUGAAAAUAAAGAAAACUUGAAUUAUACAGUACUUCCUUCUAGCCAUAUUAAAUAAUAGGGAGGAAUUAUUUUAACUUGAAGUAAUAUGGCAGAUUUUAUUGAUUCCGAAGCUGACGAAAGUGAGGAGGAAGAAGGAUUAGAUCCUCAAGAAAAAAAGAGAGCUAAGCGUGCCAAAGCAGUGGAUAGUUCGGAGGAAGAGGAAGAUGAUGAAGACAAGUUACGCGAAGAGCUAGAGGAUUUAAUUGACGACAAUCCAAUUGAAGAAGAAAGUGAUGGAGAGGAUUCUGAUGGCUCUGGUGGGUCGAAGAAGCGAAAAAAGAGUGAUGAUGAAGAAUUUGAUGAUCGUUUAGAAGAUGAAGAUUACGAUUUAAUUGAAGAAAAUUUGGGUGUGAAAGUUGAAAGAAGGAAAUUUAAACGUUUAAGACGUUUGGAAGAUGAAGAAAGUGAUGGUGAAGGUGCUGAAGAUGACGGCCAAGAUCGUGAAGCCAUUGCAAAUGAUCUGUUCGAAGGAGGUUCUGAUGAGGAACGAGAGGAAGUGGUACGUAUUCAUGAUGAAGAAAGGCGAUCAGAACGGAGUCAUCGUGUGGUGGAACAAGAUAAUUACGACCAAGAAGCUUCGGAAGAUGAAUACUCGGACGCAGAUGAUUUUAUUGUUGAUGAUGAUGGUAGACCCAUUGCAGAUAAACGUAAAAAAAGAAAACCUAUUUUUACCGAUGCAGCAUUACAAGAAGCUCAAGAUAUUUUCGGCGUAGAUUUUGAUUAUGACGAAUUUGACAAAUAUGACCAAGACGAUUAUGAAGAAGAAGAAGACGAAGAAGAAAUUGAUGAAUAUGUAGAUGAUGACGAGGGUGAUGGAGAACGCAGACGAAGACCUAAAAAGGCAGCUCGAAAGAAGCCAACAAAAAAAUCAAUUUUUGAAAUCUAUGAACCAAGUGAAUUGAAACGUGGACAUUUUACGGAUUUGGAUAAUGAAAUUCGUAACACUGACAUACCUGAACGUAUGCAAUUGCGUGAUAUACCAGUGACACCGGUACCAGAAGGUUCCAAUGAACUAGAAGAAGAAGCUGAGUGGAUUUAUAAACAUGCUUUCACUAAACCAACAAUUUCAACUCAACCAGGUGUUGUACCCGGCGAACGUGCUCGUAAAGGACCACAAACAGUUGGUAAAAUUAAACAAGCUCUAGACUUUAUGAGAAAUUUACAGUUGGAAGUUCCAUUUAUUUCAUUUUAUCGUAAGGAAUAUGUACAGCCUGAGUUGAAUAUUAAUGAUUUAUGGAAAGUUUAUAAAUUUGAUGCAAAGUGGUGUCAAUUACGCAGUCGCAAACAAACUUUAUUAACUUUAUUCGAAAACAUGCGUUCCUAUCAACUAGACAAAAUUAUGGAAAAUCCUGAUGCUCCAAUUCCUGAUGAUAUGCGUCUUAUAAAAGAUGACGAUAUUGAACGGUUAAAGAACGUACAAAGUACAGAAGAGCUACGUGACGUCCAUACACACUUUUUACUAUAUUAUGCAGCCGAUAUCCCAGCAAUGCAGGCUGCGACUAAAGCAAAAGAACGAGAAAAAGUACGAGCCGAACGACGUGCUGAGCGUUUGAAAAAGUUAGCGGAAGAAGGCGAAGAAGGCGGAGAUAUAGAUGCUGUAAACAUACCCGACGAGGAAGAAGAAGAACCAGCACUUGAACCAGAAGGAUUGAAACAAGCUGGUCGAACUGGCCCCUAUGCGAUGUGUCGUAAAGCUGGAUUAGAUGGUUUUGCAAAACGAUUUGGUUUAACACCUGAAUAUUUUGCUGAAAACUUGCGUGAUAAUUAUCAAAGGCAUGAAGUCGAUCAAGAGCAUGUUGAUCCCUUGGAAUUAGCCAAAAAUUACGUCAAUAAAAAGUUUACAACUGCUGAUGAAGUGUUACAAGCGGGAAAAUUCAUGGUGGCAAUGCAAUUAGCACGCGAGCCUCUUGUUAGAAAGUGUAUUCGUGAAACAUUUUACGAAAGGGCAAAAAUUUCAAUUCGACCUACAAAGAAGGGUUUGAAGGAAAUUGAUGAAAAUCAUUGCUGUUAUAGUAUGAAAUACGUAAAAGAUAAACCCGUAAGAGAUUUAACGGGAGAUCAGUUUUUAAAAUUAUGCAUUGCUGAAGAAGAUAAAUUAUUGACAAUCAAUAUUAGCGAAACUAUUGAGGGAAAUACGUCAUCAAAUUAUCUAGAAGAAGUAAAGCAGUUGUAUAUACGGGAUGAGUUUAGUAAGCAUGUUCAAGAUUGGAAUGCAGUCCGGAUAGAAUGCGUCGAGCGUGCUUUAACACGAUUUAUAUUACCCGAUUUAGUAAAGGAAUUGAAACGUAUAUUGUUAGCUGAAUCAAAAGAAGCCGUUUUGAAAUUAUGCUGCAGAAAAUUGUAUAAUUGGAUUAAAGUAGCUCCGUAUAAUGCAGAAUUCCCUGAUGAAGAAGACGAUGAUUGGGACACUAGUAAAGGACUACGUGUAAUGGGUGUAUCAUACGUACCAGACUAUUCUCAAGCCGCAUUUGCGUGUAUUGUGGGACCAGAUGGUGAUGUUACUGAUUAUUUACGAUUACCGCAUUUAUUAAAACGUAAAAAUUCAUUUCGUGAAGAUGAACGUAAAUUAAAAGAAGCUGAUUUGAAUACUUUACGAAAUUUUAUUGGUAAUAAAAAACCACAUCUAGUGUGUGUUGGUGGAGAAUCGCGCGAAGCUUUAAUGGUGGCCGCAGAUAUUAAAGAAGUUAUAGCUGGUUUAAUGGAAGAUGAACAAUUUCCCGCUUUAAAUGUUGAAAUUGUUAGUAAUGAUCUAGCUAAAGUUUAUUCAAAUUCCAUUAAAGGUACAGCCGAUUUUCGUGAAUAUCCUGAGUUGUUACGUCAAGCAGUUUCUAUUGCACGUAAAAUGCAAGAUCCACUUGUAGAAUAUUCACAGCUAUGUACAGCCGAUGAAGAAAUCUUAUGUUUACGUUAUCAUACGUUACAAGAUUAUAUAAAUCGUGAAGAAUUGUUAGAAGGUCUUUACUUAGAAUUUGUAAAUCGUGUAAAUGAAGUAGGUGUAGAUAUUAAUUUAGCGGUACAACAAUCACAUACUUCCAAUUUAGUUCAAUUCGUUUGUGGUUUAGGGCCAAGGAAAGGUCAAGCUUUAUUGAAAGUUUUAAAACAAAGCAAUCAACGAUUAGAAAAUCGUACACAGUUAGUUACCCUGUGUCAUAUGGGUCCUAAAGUGUUUAUAAAUUGUUCUGGUUUUGUGAAAAUUGACACUAACUCAUUGGGUGAUAGUACUGAAGCUUAUGUAGAAGUGCUGGAUGGAUCUCGUGUACAUCCAGAAACUUACGAAUGGGCACGUAAGAUGGCUGUUGAUGCACUAGAAUAUGAUGAUGAAGAUGCAAAUCCUGCGGGUGCGUUAGAAGAAAUUCUUGAAGCUCCAGAGCGUCUAAAAGAUUUAGAUUUAGAUGCUUUUGCAGAAGAAUUAGAACGACAAGGUUUUGGAAACAAAAGUAUAACGUUGUAUGAUAUUCGAUCCGAAUUGAAUUCUAGGUAUAAAGAUAUGAGAGAACCAUAUACAUCUCCAAAUCCGGAAGAAUUGUUUGAUAUGUUAACAAAAGAAAGUCCUGAAACAUUCUAUAUUGGUAAAAUGUGCAUGGUUACAGUCACCGGUAUUAGUCGUCGAAAACCACAAGGUGAACAGCUAGAUCAAGCAAAUCCUGUGCGUAACGAUGAAACAGGAUUAUGGCAGUGUCCAUUUUGUUUGAAAAAUGACUUCCCUGAAUUAUCGGAAGUGUGGAAUCAUUUCGAUGCUGGUUCAUGUCCUGGGCAAGCGACUGGAGUUCGUUUACGGUUGGAUAAUGGUAUAUCUGGUUAUAUACACAUUAAAAAUAUAUCUGAUAAGCAUGUGACGAAUCCAGAAGAGCGUGUUCAUAUUGGACAAAUUAUUCAUGCGCGUAUAAUUAAAAUCGACGUAGAACGUUUUUCAGUUGACUGUACGUCUAAAUCUUCUGAUUUAGCUGAUAAAAAUCAUGAAUGGCGGCCACAAAAAGAUCCAUUUUAUGAUCAAGAAGCGGAAGAUGCUGAUUUGCAAGUUGAAGCUGAAGCGAAAAAACAAAAAGCACGGCAAGUUUAUAUCAAACGAGUUAUUGUGCAUCCCGCUUUUCAUAACAUAUCGUUUGCCGAAGCUGAAAAACUCAUGGUCCAAAUGGAUCAAGGGGAAGUAAUUGUGCGGCCUUCGAGUAAAGGCGCAGAUCAUUUAACAAUUACGUGGAAAGUUGCUGAUAAUAUUUAUCAGCAUGUUGAUAUACGUGAAGAAGGUAAGGCAAAUGCAUUUUCGCUGGGGUCAUCGUUAUGGAUCGGCGGAGAAGAGUUUGAAGAUUUAGACGAAAUAAUCGCACGUUAUGUCAACCCAAUGGCAGCACAUGCUCGCGAUUUAUUAUAUUUUAAAUAUUAUCGUGAUACUGGUGGUGGUUUAAGGGAUAAAAUGGAAGAAUUAUUAAAAGAAGAAAAGAAGAAAAAUAAUUCGAAAAUACACUAUUUUAUUUCGGCUUCAAAAAAUUAUCCUGGUAAAUUUUUACUAUCGUAUUUACCUCGCGUAAAAUGUCGACAUGAAUAUGUGACAGUGACACCAGAGGGCUUUCGAUUUAGACAACAAAUGUUUGAUUCAGUUACGGCAUUAUUUAAGUGGUUUAAAGAACAUUUUCGAGAUCCUAUUCCAGGUGGAACACCGAGUACACCGCGUGGAGGGCAAACAAAUCGUACACCGUAUCAUAGUAUGGGCACACCAAAUGUGAAUAUUUCCAGUAUGAAUCAAGAAGCUAUUCAUCGUGUAGCACAAAAUCUUCCUAGCCAUAUGUUACAAUCAUUAUCCGCAGUGGCGAAUCAGACUCCACAUUAUCCACAUACUCCAGGCGGUGGUUAUGCAACUAGCGGCUAUAUUAAUACUCCAUAUACACCGUCCGGCCAAACACCAUUUAUGACACCAUAUCAAACACCAAGAUAUGGGCAACAAACACCUGCACAUAUGCCACCGCCUAUGUCAGGACCGUUCCUACAUCCAGGUGCUGUAACACCUGCACAUAGGUCACAUGUAAUGGAAAAUUCACCACGGUCUAGAGCGUAUAAUACAUCAAAUGAUCCUACAGAUUGGCAAAAGGCUGCUGAAGCAUGGGCUAGAAGUAAAACACAUGAUGAUGGAAGAAAUACACCCAGAGGAAGUACUGGGCAACGAACACCUAGAUAUGAUGACUUAAAUAGAAAUCGAAAAGCUGGAAGUCAUUCUACUAAAAGUCCUCGAUCAGGUCGAUCAACUCCACGAACAAACACGUCACCUAGAUCCAUGUCGAUUGGUGAUGCUACUCCAUUAUAUGAUGAGAAUUAGUGAUAUGAAUGUUAAUUACCUUUAUGAUAUAUUUUAAUUAUUUUAUACAAU